AUGGUGGUUUCUACUGCCCGCUAUGUUCUUACGUUCUUGUUUGGCCGUGUGCCCAAGUUUCUCUCGUUUGAACAGCAACCGUUUACGGAGGAUACCUACAUCGAAGAGGUCGCACCAAACACGCAGGAGGGCCGCGCACAAUGUCGGUUAUUCGUCAACAACACCGUGCGCUGGCGCCAUGUGGUGGACAGGGAUGGUAAGCAAGUCAUAGACCCCACGACAGGCGAUCCAAAGAUGGAGAGCAAUGCCAGAUUUGUCAAAUGGGAUGAUGGAUCCUCAUCGUUAGUUAUUGGAGACGAGGUCAUCGACGUGGCGGAGAAGUCUAUUCACGAAGGCAACACACACAUAUUCAUGCGAUCAAAGCCGUCGCUAUACGCCGAGACGGUAGUGACCCACAAGUACACCUUUGCCCCGGCAUCGUCGAAUUCGCUCACACAUAAGAUCAUGAAAGAUAAGAUGGCCAGCCGAUACGAGAAGAGCACGGCGAUCAAGACCAUCGUGGUGUCGGAAGAUCCCACCAAAACUAAUAGAGAUCUGGCGAAGAAGGAAGACGAGAAAAAUAGUGUCAAGCGUAAAUUGGAUAAUAAGAGGCGAAAGGAAUUGAUGAAGCAGAGCAAACUCAACUCCAGAUUCCUGGAGGAUGGACAGGAUGACGACUUCAGUAGUGGCAGCGAAGAGGACUUUGAGCAGAAUGUGCGGGCAAUGAAAUCCAUAAGCGGUAAAAGAAGAGACGAUUACAGCAGUGAUGAAGAAGCAGAAGAAAGUCGUUCUGAGAGUGGAGGUGAAAGCGACAAGGAGCGGAGGUUGAAGAAUGCUAAGCGUGCGGCUUCGGAUGAUGACAACAGUGACAGUGAUGAUGGCAAGAACAAAUCCAAGAAAAAGACUAGAUACUCCGAUGACGACGAUAGUGGAAGCGACCUGUUUGGCGACGAUUAAUCUACAACCACACAGAGCCAGAGACCAUACUGUCAAAACAACCGACAGCCGUCACUAAGACUCGUAGAAAGCGUGCAAUAAAGCGACCUUCCGCAUAUUGCAAUACAAUGGACUGUAGUCGUCGAUUUUUAUAGAUCAACAAAUGCUCAUUUGUUACCGGUAUAGAUGGAAUCCCAACUACUGAAAGCAGUGGUCUAUCAAUUUAGACACAUCAUUGCCAUGUUGUCGGAUGAGACGAGCGUUGUGAGCUCGGUCAGUGAAGCCGAGCUCAAUCAGUAGAUCCAUAGCUUGCAGAUCCGAGUAGUUCAGGAAAGCAUCCUAUAUUUAACGAGUCAAAUCAGUUCGAAUUUAGUCACUUUAUUCCAACGAUAAUCGAUAUUCCUCCUGCAAACAUAGAAGUAAGACUAUUGACGCCCGGAUAAACUGUUUGUAUGCUAUCGGCGUGUCUUACACCUUAAACCCGUAUCCAACAUAUUCAAUGAACAACCCGUAGUCGAGCCAAGCCAGGAACCCAGACAUGCACACGGUAGAAUUAAGUAACAUCUGUGAUCAGUCCCUCACUAAGCCUUGGAUUGCACACACGUACAGAUGCUUAACACGCUGAAUGUCAUGUCAAGCAUACUGCAUUCACAAUACCUCGAAGCCAUCCUCCACAUCGCCCGCAGGGCUUGCUACACCCGCUAUAGCAUGGCCUGUCUCGUCGUACCAUGCAUCGUCAGCCCCACUUGACCAAUCCUCUCCCACGGACGGGUAGAGUCUCCACCCAGAAACCGGCUUGGCGGUGGCUUCCGUGUCAUGCAAAUCACUUCCCUCACCUGUCUUCUCAAAAGGCUUGUUUCCCCUAGCCACUGCCGUUGGUGUGCUGUAAGCAGAGAAAACCUCAUCGUGCUCAGAGUUAUGUGUGACCACAUCAUCCACAGACGGGUAGAUGCGAGAGCUUCGCACAUCCAGCUCCCUGACUGCGGCCGUACUCUCUUUCACAAUAGGCUCAGUGGACGUAUCCGCCUCGAAUACCCCUCCCUCCUCCCGAGCUUUCACGACAUUCUCCUUGUUCCUAUCAACAAACUGCUGCCACUGACUGUCCCAAUCACGCCAACUGCGCGGUGCCUCCACCUGACUACCACCCGUCGGCGUGCUUGUCCGGGUGACUGUUAGCGUGCCAGUGCCUGUCUGUGUCGGUGUGAGAGGUUGUACCAGCGGCUGUAACAGCGACUGCGGAUGAGUAGCCGACGGUAGUACAAGAGGGAUAGCCGUGGGCAGUGCAUCAGGGGUGGUCGUGGAUAGUACAGGAGGGGGUGUCUUGGGCAAAGGUGGUCUCAUUUGUGGGUCUUGAACCCCCGCAAAUGGCUCAGAAACCGAUUGUUCUUUUGGAAUCGGUGUGGCAGUUAUCUUGGCAGCUUUGGGUGGUUGGGAGGAAGAUGUUGUUCGCCUACCCCGGAACCUGCGGUCUCGCCUUGUGCAUCGAGAGGGCAGAGGGGUUUUUGUACGCGUACACUUCGCACUCACAUCGCUCGCCUCGCCCGUGUCGGCAGUGCUGCCUGUAUUCGCACUCCCCCUUUCGGAGGCUGCUGCUACUUCGGCUGCGACGGCACACAAGGUCUCAUUUCCUAGUACAGGUACAGGGGUGACAGGUACCGCACUUGCAAAAGCCUGUGCGUCUGUGUCUGUGCUUGUAUUGCUAAGCGGACCAGCUCCGGCGGGAGCCCAUUUAUCCCAGCCAAACCAUCCACGGCCAAUGCCCACACCACGCCCACGCGCAGCCAUAGGGCCCAUACCCAUACCCAUACCCAUACACAUACCCAUACCCAUACCCAUACCUCUACCACCCCUACCUCUACCUCCACGCGCUACCGACCCACACAUCCCUCUACCCCCGCGCCUACCACAGGAACGUCGGCGCGUACUCAGCUGCUCAGCGGAUUUGAUCUCUGAUCGCGUCUCGUGAGUCAAAGGACGGCGUAUCAGGUACAGCACGUGGUCGGGAGAGUGGCCGGUCGUGGCCAUGCAGGUGGCGCACAGGUCAAAGUCAGCACACACAAAGCACUUGAAACGCACACCCAGGAUAUAGGUGUCACACACGUCGCACUUGACACCUGGGUGGGCACACAGGUCCUCUGCCACAUUGCUGCCACUCGCAUUCAGUGUGAAACUGCUGACAUUGCGCUCGCCUUCGAUUGCACUACCUGACAAUACAUUGCUCUGAGUUGUUUCAACUGCAGCAGACCGGUUCGUAUUGCCAGCAACCCCGGCUGCCACAUCGCCCCGUGUCGGAUUUGCCGGAUUAUCUGAGCUUUGUGAAGGGGUCUCAAGUUUCUUCACCAACCCUGGAUUCAACACACCUCGCAUCAGCCGCUGCAUACUGCAAGCAAGGUCUUCGGUAUCCACCUGCUGCACCAGCUUGCCUACACUCUGCUGUACACUCCUACCAAUAUCAUCCACAAUUUCAUCCACGUGAGCCAUGGUCACACUCUUGACCAUGUUGGUCAACAAAGCAUUGACUUGCACUCGUUCCUCAUCAAUUGGCACGUCUUCGCCAAUGUCGCUGCCCUUGUUACACAAUGCCGGACUUGCCUCAGAGUGUUUCUCCGUUGCCGAUAUGGGAUUCCGUUCAGGUGACGCGAUAGUAGAUCCUUCUUUCUCAGUCACGCCCACUGCAUGUUGAGCAGUUUCAAACUGUGCAUCGAAACAAAGGGUUUCUGUUUUCGAUGCAGACACCACGUCUGAGCUGUUUGUGUUCAUAUUCUUUAGACUCGAAUUCCUAAUCGGUUGCCCUGCAGCUAAGCCACCACCCUCCAUGUCUCCUUUCGCACACAAUCCCACAUCUGAAUCACGAACACACUUUACGACAGGCUGUGCCAUCUUCGGAGUAUGAGAUAUCUCAUCCACAUACACAAACACCCGCAAUUUAUCAUGCAGCUUAGCAAGACUAUCACGAGCCUCACAAAAGUCAGCUUCACACACGAUGGUCACGUAAUCCCCUUCAUCGUCGGCAUACUUCGCUCUGAAACUAGGAAGAUUAUACAGCCGAGAGAUCUGAGUUCUUAAAUGACCCCAGGAAUGAGCAUUAAACCGCUUGAUAUUGCCGUAUAAAUCGGAUUGUACUUUGAUUGACAUCAUUGAAGAAUAGUUCAUGAAUCUACGUGUACAAACAUACGGUACAUCUGAGGAUGAAAUUAUGAGAACCAACG